AUGGCGCUCCUGGAGGCCGACUCCAAAUCCCUGCGCUCGGUCAACGGGUCGCGCCGCAACAGCGGCUCCUCCUUGGUCUCCAGCUCCUCGGCCUCCUCCAACCUCAGCCACCUGGAGGAGGACACCUGGAUCCUCUGGGGCCGCAUCGUCAACGAGUGGGACGAGUGGCGCAAAAAGAAGGAAAAACUCCUCAAAGAGUUGAUCCGCAAAGGGAUCCCCCACCAUUUCCGCGCCAUCGUCUGGCAGUUGCUCUGCAGCGCCACCGAAAUGCCCGUCAAAAACCAAUAUUCCGAGCUCCUCAAGAUGUCCUCCCCCUGCGAGAAGCUCAUCAGGAGGGACAUCGCCCGCACUUACCCCGAGCACGAGUUCUUCAAGGGCCAGGACAGUUUGGGCCAAGAAGUUCUCUUCAACGUCAUGAAGGCCUAUUCCCUGGUGGACCGCGAGGUGGGCUAUUGCCAAGGGAGCGCCUUCAUCGUGGGUCUUCUCCUCAUGCAGAUGCCCGAGGAAGAGGCCUUCUGCGUCUUCGUGAGGCUGAUGCAGGAAUAUCGCUUACGGGAGCUCUUCAAACCCAGUAUGGCCGAACUGGGGCUCUGCAUCUACCAGUUUGAGUACAUGCUGCAG